GUGUGUGAGAGAGAGAGAGAGAGAGCUGUAUGUGUGUGUGUGUGUGUGUGUGUGUGUGUGUGAGUGUGUGUGCGCGCGCAGAGCGUCAGUCGGCGGCGGCACUCCCGGACCGAGCAUCAUCAUCAUCACCAUCAUCAGCCGCGCGCUUCAAUCAAUCAGUCACGCGCAUGUGACCGAAUUUCUGUCCCUGAGACAAAAUACAUAAAGCUUCCGGUUUAUUAAUUUAUUUAUUUAUUAAAAAUCAGCUACGCCUGUCAGGGCCCCGGUGUGAAACGGAGCGCGGGGUUAAACCGGAAGCGCGAUUAUGAGAAAAGGGAGCGGGUUGUUUGCGUCGCGCGCGGUGGAGAUGAGGCGGGGGGCGGCGGCGGCGGCGGUGAUGGCGGCGGUGAUGAUGAGGUGCUACGGAGUCGUUGCUGCUCUCUGGCCGAGCGUCGUUGUGUUUUAGCGGAACCCCCCCACCCCCUCUUCAUCAUCAUCAUCUUCAUCCUCAUCUUCUUCAUCAUCAUCAUCAUCAUCAGCAGCAGCAGCAGCAGCAGCAGCUCCCCCCCCCCUCCUCCCCCCACCGUUUUGCGUUUCAGUGCACCGGCUUUUUCAGAUGCGGCUGCUUUGAGAAGGUAACGGACGGAUUUGUGCGCGUGCCAUGACGGGCUUUCCGGUGAGCUCGAGCCGGGCCGGUUAGCGGCCUGCUGCACGCGGCCCCGGUGUCGGAGCGGGAGAGCGCGCGCAUCGCCUCUUCAUUCUGCAGCUCUGAUCGGUUAAAAUCUCAGGGAUUUAAAACAAAAAUAAUAACAAUAAUAAAAGAGGAAAUAAUUAAAAAAAAAAACAAAAAAAAGGCGACAUGUCCUCUCGGUCUGCUCUACCGUCUGCCACCGACCGGAGCUCGGAUCACCAUGCGUCUCUGGCGGCGAGCCGUUCGGAGAAGGGCACCAGCGUGUCGAGUCGUUCCCUCGGCGCACGUUGCCGCAACUCCAUGCCCUCGUGCCCGGACGACCCGCACAUCGGCAACUACCGGCUCCUCAAAACCAUCGGCAAGGGCAACUUCGCUAAAGUGAAACUGGCUCGCCACGUCCUCACCGGCCGAGAGGUUGCAAUAAAGAUAAUCGACAAAACUCAGCUGAACCCAACCAGCCUGCAAAAGCUAUUUCGUGAGGUGCGGAUCAUGAAGGCUCUUCGUCACCCCAACAUAGUGCAACUGUUUGAGGUGAUCGAGACAGAAAAAACGCUUUAUCUAGUCAUGGAGUAUGCUAGCGGAGGUGAGGUGUUUGACUACCUGGUGUCUCAUGGGAGAAUGAAGGAGGUUGAGGCGAGAGCCAAAUUCAGACAGAUCGUCUCGGCUGUUCAUUACUGUCACCAGAAGAACAUCGUUCACAGGGACCUGAAGGCGGAGAACCUGCUUCUGGACGCCGACUCCAACAUAAAGAUAGCAGAUUUUGGCUUCAGUAACGAGUUCACGUUGGGGAAUAAGCUGGACACGUUCUGCGGCAGUCCACCCUACGCCGCACCCGAGCUCUUCCAGGGCAAGAAAUACGACGGGCCCGAGGUGGACAUUUGGAGUCUGGGGGUCAUCCUGUACACGCUGGUUAGCGGCUCGCUGCCCUUCGACGGACAGAACCUCAAGGAGCUGCGUGAGCGUGUACUCAGAGGGAAGUAUCGAGUGCCCUUUUACAUGUCCACUGACUGUGAGGGGAUUCUGCGCAGGUUUCUCGUGCUCAACCCCAGCAAGCGCUGCACACUGGAGCAAGUGAUGAAGGACAAGUGGAUGAACACAGGGUACGAAGGCGACGAGCUGAAGCCUCACGUGGAGCCGGCGGAGGACUACAGUGACCCGAGCCGCAUCGAGGUGAUGGUUGGGAUGGGUUUCACUACAGAGAACAUUAAAGAUGCGUUACUCAAUCAGAAAUAUAACGAAGUCACUGCGACUUACCUUCUGCUGGGCCUGAAGACUGAGGACGGGGCGGAGUCACGUGUGAGUGGCAGCAUGACGUUGCCGAGAGUGAGGCCGAGCCCCAUCACCAACGGAACGAACAAACACUCCUCCACCGCCGCCGCCUCUUCAUCCUCCUCCACCUCUUCCUCUCACAGCAAGACGCAGCGCAGCGCCUCCACCUACCACCGCCAGCGACGGCACAGCGACUUCUGUGGUCCGAGCAUGCCGGUGAUGCACCCUAAGCGCAGUCCGACGGGCGGGGCCGACCGCGAGCUGCGUGAGAGCCGCAUGCCCCCACGCAAGGCCAGCUGCAGCGUGAUGGGCAGCCGCAGCCUCCCGCCCUCCAGCCCCAUGGUCAGCACGGCCAACAACCCAAACAAAGCCGAGAUCCCGGAGCGGCGGAAAGACAUGACCGCCACCACUAAUAACAUCCCCGGCAGUGCGAUGACACGCAGGAACACAUACGUGUGUACAGAUCGGCCCAGCACGGACAGACAGUCUCUACUGCAGAACGGCAAGGAGAACAGCUCUCUCUCGCACCGUCUCCCCCCCGCCUCUCCCUCCACUCUCAGUAUUUCCGGAGCGGGAGCGUCAUCCUCCUCGUCCUCGGCGGAUCGGUGUAGACUGACGCGAGGCUCCACCAUACGCAGCACGUUCCACGGAGGGCAGAUUCGGGAGCGCGUGCCUUCCGCCUACGGGCCGCCGCCCACCUCGCCCACGCUCAGCCACGACGCCACGCUGCCGGCACACGGCCGCUCCAGAGCCACGGCCAACCUGUUCAGCAAGAUCACCUCCAAACUCACGCGCAGGGUCAAUCUCGACCCCUCUAAGAGGCAGGGUUCUAAUAAGUCAGUAUCGGGUUGCACUCUUCCACAGGGAUCCAAAACAGUUAGUAAGGUCGCAAAUGAACCUGAGAGAGUCGGCCGAUCUUCGCUCUCAGGUUGCCAUCUAUUUGGGAAUCAGAAAGAGGCCGAGCCCUGGCUCGGGGGAGGGGGCUGGGAUGUGAGGCCCCGCCCCCCACGCGCUCCCGCCGAGUUGGUCCUGGCCGUGCGCGAUGCAGCAAGGGGGUGCGGCUGCAGCCACGAGCCGCUGGGGUCAAAGGUCAUGUUCCAGGGGGAGGUGUGUCAGCUGAGCGUGCACCAUGCACGCCUCUGGGAGGCUCCACUAGCAUUCACUCACAUCGCGUCUCGGAUCUACAAAGGGGUGGAGCUCUGAGCGGAUGGGGGAGGGGCCUAGACCAGGGCACAUCUUUCCUCCUCCUUCCUGAACUGACAUGGCUCCGCCCACUUCUGGCUGCAUAAACUGGAAAAUCGUUCCACGCCCUCCCCCAGCUGUCACGCUCGCCUGAUAUGCACAUCCAGAGACACGCAGAUGUGUAUCCACACAAACAGUGCAAAUGUACACACACACACACACACACACACAACACACAUACACACAUAAACACAUAAACACACACACCUCCUCUAAGCAACCUCAUCCACAGGACCUGGAUUGAUUCCAGAGUAGUAUUUUUUAAUCUCGUUCAACUCAUGAAAUAGUUCGAUUCUAUUCUCAGCGUCAUUCUGCUUUCUUGUUUGUUUUUUAACGGUAUUUUGUACGUUUUGUUGCCCGAGCACUUUUCAUUUCAUCCCUUAUUUUUUAUAACCCGCCCCCCAACCUCCCCGAACCCCUUCCUGUAGCCACUGACCUCAGGCCUGUUAAUCGACAUUCAAAAAUAUAAUGAAUACUCCAGCAAUUUGUCAAAUCAAAAAGACACAAUCAGUUAUGAGAUUAUAAUGAAAGUCUGGGGGCAGUUGUUAUAUUCUGUCAAACUUAAGGUCGUAAGGGCCAGUUCAUUUUAUUAAUGACCAGACGUUAAUUUUGAGUGGAAUGAAAAUUGCUACGAUGGACAGUUUUCUAACUGACUUUCAUUUAUUUCAUAAACAGAGGAAGCAUGGGUUAGCCUUCACCCAUGAGCGCUUUCUACAGAAAAAAUGUGUUUCCAAUAAACAUUUAUUGAGGGAAUUCAACAUCUGCCCUUAGGCUUAACAGGAUAACUUUGUCACAAAUUUUUACACAUAAGCAGCAGGUGUUGUUACAAGCGGCAGGCGUAUUCCUUUACAUCAACCAAUCACAGACUGAUAUGAGUUCACUCGAACCCUGGCCGAGUUUCAGACGAGCGAUGUCAGAUAUGUACGAGCGUGUCUGCUUUAUAAAAUAUGGCCGUGUUAAUGCAGCACUCUCAGCUCCCGGGGGAAUGAUGUACCAAAUGAGGUUUCUCACUUAGCUGGAUAAGUUAAAGGAAGCUCCACCCUGAAACACAUUAAAUACGAUAUAUUCAAAUAUUUCUGAUGUGCUUAGCAAUUCUGGUGCUAAUUUGUUGGCUAGUGCGGUUAUAAUGAUGUCGUUUAGUAUGAGAAUUUUUUUUAACAAUCUCAAGCAUAAGGGAUAACGAUCAGGUUUGUUGUUAGCUCCUAAAACCAUAAUCAUGAGAAAUGCAAUGUAGAAACAGUGGUGGGUCUAGACUAUUUCAGCAGGGCUGGGGCCAGUCAUUCUGUUAGAGGAGCUGCAGUUACUAUACAGCAACAAAGACGUGCCACAGUGUGUUUUCUGAUAAGGUAAGCUAGCUAACGUUUUACACAAAUGCGAUUUUUCGAAUGAUGUUACAUGACUGUUGGAAUUAAACAACCGGCUAUGUGUAGAAGACGGAAAGUUCCAGAAUGCAAUGCAACUAUACGGCGCUGGCUGGCACCCAGUUCAGUUUGGCGAGCCAGCGAUUGGUGGUGUUAGCAUGAAAUUUCAAGCUUUGGAAUCCAGUCUUGUUGAAAAUGACUAGGCGUAAUUUCCUCACCAUCUUUGCGUCAGAGUAAACCAGUGCCAUUUAGUGAGAGGUGUCGAGCAAUGACAUUAAAAGACAAAAGUCAAUCUUUGAAAAUACUCUAAAGCCUCUCCACUGCUCAAACAGUGUGUGAUUGGUUGAUUUCCCCCCUUUUUUUUAGAACAUCUCAUGAAAUUACAAUUCAGGGAGGAUUCCCUCUCCCAUGAGCCUUUGCAAUGAAACACCGACUGGCGGUGGAUCGGGUUGUGUCAUCGGUUCUUUGCUAAGUAGACGUAACUAAAAGACGUAGAAGAUUCUAGAAAUUAAACUGAGUCUGAUUGCUAGCUUAAGGAGUAUUUCCACUGGAAUCUUUUUAGAAACUAAACUCUCUUGAAUUAGAAUACUAGGGUUCCUGGACAAGUUCCUGUUCUACAUAACCGUCUCCGAUGUGGAAAAUUCCAGAAUGGUGCGAUGGACGUGUUGCUUUUCUGUUGCAGGAAUACGAUGUUAACCUUAAUGUAGCUUUUUAAAUCAAGAAUUUCACACUUGCAGGGAAGAAACCACAAUAUUUGGUCAGUGACAUUUGCUUCAGCAAGCCCCGCCCCAAAAGUGGCUACUCUAGAACAGGACCCGAAAAGGCGCAAGACCUAUCUGACAUGGUUCCAUUGUUUGGAAAUGCCCCUAAAGUUCCCUAGUCACUGAUAAACUUACUAGCUUCCUGAGAAGGUUCCUGUGGUGGAAAUGUGUCAACACAAAGGAGGAAGAAAAAAAGAAAUUGUGAUGAAUGUUCUCAUCAUUAAUAGUGGAUCAGAGUGUAGCAUUAAAAAGGGAAAAUCCCAUUUUCCCAGCACUGCAUGGUUCCCUCUGCGCCAACAAGCCAGAUUCAACUCAACUAAAGUUCAGGAUCAGUUCAGAAUUCCAGGCAACAACCUGAAGCAGAGCCAGAACCAAAUAAGCCCCGCUCAUUUGGGGAAGUGGACCAUAAUUCAGAUAAAGACCUGUUGUUUUCUUGUAGCAAAUCAAAAACAGAGAGAAAAUGACGAGUCAGGAUACACUCGCCUUGUUUCCUUACAAAUGGUGCUUGUGAGUUGGUCUUUCCACUGUUCCAACUGAAAGUGUGUGCUAAAUUCAGACGCUGCUCUGGAGCUUGUGGUUGAAAUGCGACGGUGUGUGUUAAGUGCACCCUAGUCCAAUGGUUCUCCAGGAAGGGAUCCACAGCUCUGAUCUCGGUGGUCGUAUUUUUUUAAAAAUGUGGAUUUGUCAUUUUCUUGUAGCAAAUCAAAUAACCACAGAAAAUGACAUGGCAGGAUUUAUAAAUGGUGCUUGCAGCUGAUCUGUCUCAAUUUUAACAGGAAGUGUUCCAAAUCUGGUCCAGUUCUGUCGUUCUGUUCCUACCUGAAUUGAACCCUUAACACAGCCUGAGAAACCUGCUGCCUCCUCAGCUUUACGCACCUCAGCUUUAAGGAUUAAAGGAGCAGUUUGUAGUUUUUCAGAGUUAUCUCCUCCCUGUGAUGUGAACUGCGUUUUAAUCUGAGCUACAGUUUGGGGUGGAGCCUAUUUAUGGGCCAGAAAAAAACCCUAAACAUAAAUGAAUAAACUAGUGAGAUUAGUUGCAUGGCAACAUUGCAAAAUGCAGUUUUUCUAAGAUUGAAGUUAUGUUCUUUGUAAAGGUCUAGAAAAAUUACAAACUGCACCUUUAAUCUAAACUCCGUGCCAUAUAUAAGCUUUUCCGUCUGCCAUGCCCCUUUUUGUUGAUUAACUCAUUCUUUCCAUCCUUCUGUUUUCUGUUUGUUUUUCACAUCUGAGUUCUGGCACACACUGCAUUCGAUGUGAGCGCAAGAAAAAAAACGAAAAAAACAUGCUUGCUCACCGAAAAUCCUCGGGUCAUCGUCCUGUCUGCUCCGUGAUUGGACUCCUGUAGCGGAGACGCUUUCUGUGUCGAACCCCGAGCAGUGUGUGAAGAAGCCGGUCAGUCUGGUCGGAUCUGGACGGCCCGGGGUCGUUAUCUGUUAAACGUGUGUGUUUAGACCUCCGUGCACUCACUCACUCGCUUCAGCUUGAAUCAGCUGCAUCCUACGGCUCUGCCACCAGGGGGCACUACUGUCUUAAAUGUGAACACUUCAAUUUGUGGAUAUUUGCACAGGUACUUAAUUUAUUUUCUAGGAUAAUUAUCUUGGGAAGAAAAAAACAAAAGAAGAAAAUACAUGAUUUAUAUCAGUCAGACCCUGACUGCAUAUAAAUAUGAAGAUAAUGAUAACGAUGAUAUUAAUAUGACUAUAGUAUUUAUCUUAGACCUCCAGGUUAAUUUCUAGCUAGUGCAGAAAUCCUCUGCUAGCUCUCCAGAACCUUCUGUGUGUGGUGAAGAUAAAAAGUAACCUGCAGUCCUGCAUGACACUGAAAGAGAGAAAGACAGAGAGAAAGAGAGAGGGGGAAAUGAAAAUCUGAGAUUGGACAGUUGUUAUAGAGAGAGAAUGAGAGAGCAAGUAUGUGUCUGCGUAACAGGGUUUGCAGGGGUGUGUAUGAGUGUGUGCGUGCAUGCGUCUGUGUGUGUGCAUGUGUGCGAGCAUGAACAGAGAGAGAGCUGGGUGUGCGUGUGUGUGUUUGCGUGUAUGCGCGUGAGUGUGUGUGUGUGUGUGUGCUGAGAUGGCAUGGCAUUUCUGAUAAAGCAUUACUCUAAUAUGCAAUAUGACGGGAGAACUGAUAAGAAACAGAGAUGGAUAAAAAGAAGAGACUCAGGCAGUUUGCAAUGAGAUUGUGGGUUUUUUGUUCCCCAGAAGUCUGUGUGCCUCUGGCCAAAAUGAGAGAAAUGGAAACAAAAAGAUCUGGAGAGAAAUAAAACUUCACUGAUGUUGAGAUCCUUGUGUGUCUGAGUUUGCAUUUAUUAUUAUGGGGACCGUGUGUUUGGAGAGCAAGCAACACUUCAAAAUAAUACGUUUUUCAUUCGUGUAUCCCUCUUCAGUGACCGGCUUAUCUUGCUCAGACUGUCACUGGAGGCUCUUUCCAUAAAUGUUAAAUAAACAUCUCCUUACAGAAAACUACCAUAUCAAUGAUUACUCUUUGCUUUUUUUAACCUUUCUGCCGUACAAGUCUCUGUGAAUGCGCUGUUACUAUAGAAAUGAUAAAGUAUUAGAAGGAGCAUGUUGACAUAAACCUGUGAUUUGCAGCUGCACUAGUGUCAGAGCUGCUGUUAUAGAAAAUUAAUCAAUAUCUUCUGACCAAUCAGAAUUGAGAAUUCAGCAGUACAGUCCCCUCUGAAAGUAUUGGAACCAUAAGGCCAAUUCUUUUGUUUCUACACUGGACAUUUGGGUUUGAGAUCAAAAGAUGAAUAUGAGACGCUACCAAGAAACGAUCAACUCAGAUAAUCAAUUAUGAGCUGUGAGCAUGGAAAACCAUAAAAUGCACAGUGUUCCAGUGACUGGGCUGUAGAACUGAUGGUUAAGGACAAGACAGACUGGUAAGUUUCAUGGGGUACACUUUUAUUGAUUCACAAUUUGAAUGAUUGAUUUUUUACAACCAAAGUUCAAAUUGAGGCGAAACUGAGACGCUAUGCGUUUUGCACCAGCGCCAGGAAUCUGAUCCCAAGAUGACACCAGCCAUACAGUGGACACAAAUCGGAUGUCAAAAAAAGAAAGAAGGGAUAAAGAAGAACAAAAGGAGAAAAGGACAAGCAGUCUCUCAUUUUGCAGUAAAACACUCCAUGUGCUGCCCGAAUGAUGGUGUAAAAAAGAAUGGAAAAUUAAAGGAAA